AUGGCCCCCCAAAACUACUCCGGCCCAUGGCAAAACUUCCCAUCCAUCGAUAAUUGGAUCGGCUUCGAAGAUAUGUUCAACCGCAACAAGCCAUCCAUGUUCGCCACGGGCGACACGGGCGAAGACGUCGGCCGCAUCUGGAAUGCCAUCAAAGAGUGUGCUAAGAUCGGCGUCGACGAGCGCGUCAUCCUCGCCAUCAUCAUGCAGGAGAGCCAUGGCGACGUCGGUGUCCAGACGACAUACAGCCCCGGCGACAACAUUCCCACCGGCGGCUUGAUGCAGUGCGGAGGCUGCGCGGGUUGCCCCGGCCAGCAUGGCGUGAGCCAGGAAGCAAUUACCGACAUGGUUCGCAAGGGCACUGAGCACUUCAAGGGUAACCUGACAGCCCAUGGUGACAAGUGGAGCGGCGAGUCCAUCUAUCCUGCUCUUCGUGAGUACAACUCAGGCAACGUCAAUCUCGGCGACCUUAGCGAUGGACGCGGUGCCACGGCUUCCUACGUCAGCGAUAUUGCGAACCGCCUCACCGGCUGGGUCAACUGA